UUGGUCACGUCUUCGUUAGGUCGAGUAUAUAUAUACGGCGGCGGCCGGCGCUCGCCUCAGUGCCCGGUGCGAGCGACAUGGAGCUACACGUGCGGCGCGCGCUCGCGGUGCUGGCGGCGUGUUGCGUAAUGAGCGCUUCUGCGCAGGAGCCUGUGUGGGCCGACACCGAGGCGGGGAGGGUGUGCGGCGGCUACGAGCCCAAUGGCGACUACGCCUACUUCUUUGCCGUACCUUACGCCAAGCAGCCUGUCGGUGAACUCCGAUUUCAGGAACUGCAGCGUCCGGAUCCAUGGAAAGAAUGCCGGCCCGCGACCGAAGUGGGAUCUAUUUGUCCCCAGUGGGACAUUUUUUACGGGCCAAUCAUGAAUCCCCGUGGUCAGAGUGAGGAGUGCAUCCACGCCAACAUCUACGUGCCUCUGAAGUCCUUGCCGUCCGGAGCGCGCGGCGAGAAUCGUCCGUUGUUGCCGGUGCUGGUGUAUGUUCACGGCGGAGGCUUCGGCUUCGGCUCGGGAGAUCCGGACGCACACGGCCCGCAAUACCUCGUCAGAGAGAAUGUUGUCGUCAUUACCUUCAAUUACAGGAUUGGAGCUUUCGGUUUCCUGUCCCUUAACUCUUCGAGUGUCCCCGGCAACGCUGGUCUCCGGGAUAUCGUGACGCUGCUGCGCUGGGUGCAGCGCAACGCCGUUGCCUUCGGCGGCAACCCCCACGACGUCACGCUGGCCGGACAGAGCGCCGGCGCUGCCGCCGUCCAUCUGCUCACACUUUCUCAAGCAGCAAAGGGACUUUUCAAGAGAGCCAUUUCGAUGAGUGGAGCAGGAACAAGAAAUUUUUUCACGACUUUGCCGGCUUACGCGCAAACAGUAUCGGAAUUAUUCCUAAGUUUUCUGGGCAUCAACAGUACUGAUCCUGAAGAGGUGCACCAAAAACUUAUUGUUCUUCCGCUGGAGCAGAUCAUAGAAGCUCAAAAACAGAUUCAGGACUACACAGGUCUCCUCGCGUUCACUCCCGUAGUCGAAUCCAAACACCCGGGAGUCAAUAUAAUCUUGGACAAUGACCCGGAGGUGUUACAGGCACAAGGUCGAGGCAAAGAUAUCCCCUUUAUAAUAGGCUUCACAAACGCAGAAUGCGAAACAUUUCGACCACGAUUCGAACAGAUCGACAUAGUAGAAAAGAUUAAAAACAUGCCUGUGCUGAUGCUGCCCCCAGGGGUAGCUUACACGACCCCGCCAACGGAGCUUCCAAGUAAAAUUGCGAGCAUCCAAAAGGAAUACUUUAGUGGAUCGUUGGAUAUUGAUACGUUUUUGAGUUUUUGUUCAGAUUCUUACUUCAUAUAUCCUGCGCUGAAAAUGGCGAAGACGAGAGCCGCGAACAAGGGAGCCCCUGUAUUCUUGUACCGGUUCGCGUAUAACGCGGACAAUAGCGUGUACAAGAAAGCACUCAAUCUGACGUACGUUGGUGCCGGCCACUCGGAGGACCUCACCUUCGUGUUCCGAGCCAAUCACGCGCUGGGAGACACAAUCGAGUCGGCCACAGACAGUGACAUGAUUACGAAAAUGACGGCGUUCUUCACCAACUUCAUGCGACAUGGUAAACCAACGAAGAACGUCGAGUUCAAUGCUGACAGUAGCAUGUUUACGAAAAUGUCGAAGUUAUUCUACGCUAGCUUCUUACCAUAUAGUAAACCAAUGACCAACGUCAACGAUUGGCGGCCGGUGUCGGCGGCGGAAGGGACGGACAAGUACGCUCCGUACAACAACAUAGUCAACUACGAGGAGCCCGACCCGUGGCCGACCUACCAGAGGAUAACCAAGUUCUUCGACAGCAUUUACGAGACCAAGAUUUUGCAAGCGCUCAAGUUUAUUGAGCUGAUCCUCAUUAAGAUCCAGAUAACUGAUUCCCACAAUAAAGCUAAUUGCUCAACCAGUAAUAGUGAAAAUUUGCAACGAGGCGAGUCUAGUAACAUUCUAGUGUUUGAAAAGGUGUGGGAUAUGUUCAGUUUAUUGGUUUUGACGUGUUUGGUGGUGAGGAGCGAGCAGAAUGUAGUACAGACGGUGCAGGGGAUGCUGCGGGGUGAGGCUGGCGACGGGGUCGUGUCCUACCGCGGUAUCCCAUAUGGCACGCUCCAGAAAGAUGCCAGGUUCAAGCUAGCCGGUCUAGCUCCGUCGUGGGCCGGGCUCCGCGAGUCGGAGAAGUCGACGUGUCCGUCGUCGUCGGCGGAGCAGUGCCUGCAGCUGGACGUGCACGUGCCCACGGCGGGCGCGCCCUGGCCCGUGCUGGCCUGGGUGGCCGGCAGCGGCGGGCCCUACGACCCCGGCCUGCUGGCGCGGCAGGGGGUAGUGGUGGUCAUCAUACACCACAGAUUAGGUCCAGUAGGAUUUCUCUGCACAAAGGAGGAACGGAUACCGGGCAACGCCGGUGCAAAGGACGUGGUUUUAGCGCUGAGAUGGGUGCGGGACAACAUUGUGGCGUUUAGAGGAAACCCUGCGAAUGUAGUAGUGGGCGGGCAGGGCUUCGGGGCCGCCAUUGUUGAAGGGCUCACGCUAAGUCCCAUGACUGAGGGCCUGUUUCAUGGGGCUAUCAUGCAGAGCGGGACGAUAUUAAGCCCCUGGGCGUUUAAUUAUGACGCGACUGAACGCGCCCUUAUGCUUGGAAAAAUGUAUACAGACAGUGACGCGAUUGCGUCAUCUUUAAUCAAAGCUGAUGACGUCGAUUUAGCAGACAAGGCUGACAAGCUCAACUUAUCCUACUACCCCUUCGGAAUGUGUGCAGAGAAAGCUUUUAAGAGAGAAGAGAGAUUUCUUACUGAGCUGCCAUUCGAAUCGCUGUCGAAUCACAAAGCACGAAGUGUUCCGAUGAUUAUAGGGUUCAAUAGUGAGGAAGGAUACGUAUUUGCGGCAAUGUUGAACGGAUUGCGAAUAUUGAAGAGGAUGGUCAAAGAUUUUAAUAUUUUGCUUCCAGAGGAAUUAAAGGGUUUGAACGACAGAGAAUUGAAGCGAAUUAAAGAGAUAUAUUUUGAUGGCAAGGUUAAUAUGUCUGACGUUCUCGCAUAUCAUAGAGACGCAUACUUCGUAAGCCACGUGCACCGAAGCGCACGGUUACACGCUGCGUCCGCGCCGGUGUACUACUACCAGUUCUCACACUCCGGAACAUGGGGCGUGGAACCUGAGCGAGGGUUACCUAAGACCGGGGCUGCACAUGGAGAUGAACUGGCUAUAAUGUUCCCGGAUAAAGGGCAGGAGUUGGAAGGGGAGGAUGGAGAGGUGCAACGGUCGAUGGUCCGGCUUUGGACUAACUUUGUCAAGUAUCUGCAACCAUCACGCGACGAUUCGCCUCGCUGGGAGGCAAGCACCGACAAUCUUCUAGACAUUACCGCAGGCAGCACAACCAUGCGGCCCUUCCCACACUCCCGGGCCUGUCGUCUCUGGGACGACCUCUACGAGCGGCACUACUACAAAAGGCUACGGAACAACGGCUAGGAUUCUAACCCAAAACUACUACGCAGGGCUAGGCAACGUAUGCUCGACCCUGUGGCCGACCGCCAUACAUCUGUUUGAACCAACUGCGCAAGCGUAAGCGUGACUAUCAAAAAUACCAGUUAACAGUGAUGCUGUUAGUACAGCGAUAUAAACGAGUGAUCCCAAUCUUUAUUUUGAAACGAGAUGAAAUUAACAACAUUUUUGGUAUCCUAGCCAUGUAACGUAGACCGUUGCCUUCUGGCUUUAUAUGACGUCACGAGUGAUUGUUUAUACCAUUUAUAUAGAUUUUUUUAGAACUAAACUUACCUGUUUCACUUGGUUUCAUUACGGUAAGUGAAUGAUGUUAUACUUCUUACCUGUAAUAAUAAAAAAUAUUUUAAUUUUG